AUGAAUCCGCAGAGGCAACAAAAUCAACAAUUUUUUCAAGCAUACACCAGUUCUAAGAUUGAAGAUGAUCCAAAAUGGGAGACAAUUGACAAUAUUGUCAAGCUAUGGUUAUAUAGCACUCUUAAUCAACUUGUUCUCAAGUCUAUUCUCAAACUCGGCGACAUAGCAACAGACGUAUGGAAGACCAUUGAAGAUUUGUUUCAUGAGAAUAAAGAGACAAAAGUUAUGGAAUUAGAUGAUGAACUUCGUACCAUCACCAUUGGAGAUUCUUCGGUUAUGGAGUAUUGUAUUCACAUCAAGUCCAUCUCCGACCUUCUUGCUAACAUUGGAUCCCCGUUAUCUGAAAGAAACCUAGUCAUUUAUGCCAUCAAUGGCUUAUCUCCUAAAUUUGCUCACGUCGUCACCACCACCAGACAUCAGAAGUCGUCUCCCACCUUCCUUGAGAUGCGCUCUGAUAUGUGC